AGUGCCACUGACAAUUUGACAAGAAGGUUUAGAGGCGUAGAGUCGCCGGCGCCGCCAUGGCUCGGGAGCGCAAGGUGCUCGACGCGCUGGACACGGCGAAGACGCAGUGGUACCACUUCACGGCGGUGGUGGUCGCCGGCAUGGGCUUCUUCACCGACGCCUACGACCUCUUCUCCAUCUCCCUCGUCACCAAGCUGCUCGGGCGCAUCUACUACUUCGACGCGGCCUCCAGGAGCCCCGGCACGCUCCCGCCCAGCGUCUCCGCCGCCGUCAAUGGCGUCGCCUUCUGCGGCACGCUCGCCGGCCAGCUCUUCUUCGGGUGGCUCGGCGACAAGAUGGGGCGCAAGAAGGUGUACGGCAUGACGCUGAUGCUCAUGGUCAUCUGCUGCCUCGCCUCCGGCCUUUCGUUCGGGUCGUCGGCGAAGGGCGUCAUGGCGACGCUCUGCUUCUUCCGGUUCUGGCUCGGCUUCGGCAUCGGCGGCGACUACCCGCUCUCGGCGACGAUCAUGUCGGAGUACGCCAACAAGCGCACCCGCGGCGCGUUCAUCGCCGCGGUGUUCGCCAUGCAAGGGUUCGGCAACCUCACCGGCGGCAUCGUCGCCCUCGUCGUGUCCGCCGCGUUCAAGGCGCGGUUCGACGCGCCGGCGUACAGGGACGACCCUGCCGGCUCCACCGUGCCGGAAGCCGACUACGCGUGGCGCAUCGUGCUCAUGUUCGGCGCCAUCCCGGCGCUGCUCACCUACUACUGGCGGAUGAAGAUGCCCGAGACGGCGCGCUACACGGCGCUUGUCGCCAGGAACGACAAGCAGGCCGCCGCCGACAUGGCGCGCGUGCUCAACGUCGAGUUCGUCGACGAGCAGGAGAAGGCAGCGGUGGCGGAGGAGGAGGCGAGGCGCCGCGACCGCGAGCAGUACGGCCUCUUCUCCAGGGAGUUCGGCCGGCGCCACGGCCACCACCUGCUGGGCACGACGGUGUGCUGGUUCGUGCUGGACGUGGCCUACUACUCGCAGAACCUGUUCCAGAAGGACAUCUACACGGCGGUGCAAUGGCUCCCCAAGGCGGACACCAUGAACGCCCUGGAGGAGAUGUUCAAGAUCUCCCGGGCGCAGACGCUGGUGGCGCUGUGCGGCACCAUCCCGGGCUACUGGUUCACCGUCUUCUUCAUCGACGUCGUUGGGCGCUUCGCCAUCCAGCUCGGCGGGUUCAUCCUCAUGACGGCGUUCAUACUCGGCCUCGCCGUGCCGUACCACCACUGGACGACGCCGGGGAACCACGUCGGCUUCGUGGUCAUGUACGCCUUCACCUUCUUCUUCGCCAACUUCGGGCCCAACUCCACCACCUUCAUCGUGCCGGCGGAGAUCUUCCCGGCGAGGCUGCGUUCCACGUGCCACGGCAUCUCGUCGGCGGCCGGGAAGAUGGGCGCCAUCGUGGGGGCGUUCGGGUUCCUGUACGCGGCGCAGAGCACGGACCCGAGCAAGACGGACGCCGGGUACCCGCCGGGCAUCGGCGUGCGCAACUCGCUCUUCCUGCUCGCCGGAUGCAACGUCGUCGGGUUCUUCUUCACGUUCCUGGUGCCGGAGUCGAAGGGGAAGUCGCUGGAGGAGCUCUCCGGCGAGAACGACAUGGCGGCGGCAGCAGCUAACUCGUACAGGCAGACCGUACCUGACAGCGGACAGGCCGAGUGAAUAAACAUGAACUGCCAAAUAUGUGUAUGAUCGUGUAUACUCCCGUAGUUGCAUUCUGCCAUUUCUUGUAUCAUCAGUGUAUUAAACACAAAAUAUUAGUACUGAUUACGACUGGAAUCCACGGAAAUUCAGCAUGUUAGUACAUCUCUGAAUCUCUCUUUCUAAGGUGUCCAAGGGCACACAAUACUACAUCAAGUGGUAUAGAUAACAGGGCCCUCUCAUAGCCUCAUUUCAAUAUUUCAGAUAAAUGUUUGACGUUCCAGAGCAACUGAUACUGUGCACCGU